GGCAGCCUACCUAACGACAAUCUCUCAAAUUUAGGCGCCAGUUUUAUAUUUGUGGUAAAAUAGUCGAUCGUAGAAGAGUUGGAAAGUAAAGAUAUGUAUAUUAAGGAAGUCAUUUUAGAUGGCUUUAAGUCAUAUGCUCAAAGAACAGAAGUGAAAGGAUUUGACCCGCUUUUUAAUGCUAUAACAGGAUUAAAUGGGUCUGGAAAAUCAAAUAUUCUGGAUUCUAUCUGUUUCCUUCUUGGUAUCACUAACUUGACACAGGUGCGAGCCAGCAAUUUGCAAGAACUAGUUUAUAAGAGUGGACAAGCUGGUGUGACUAAAGCAACAGUUACAAUUUUGUUUGAUAACACUGAUAAAAAUCAAAGCCCUGUUGGUUAUGAACAUUUUGAUGAAAUCACAGUUUCAAGACAGGUUGUGAUUGGAGGUCGUAACAAGUACUUAAUAAAUGGCAGCAAUGCAAACAACAGCCGGGUACAAGAUCUUUUUUGCUCCGUUCAGUUAAAUGUCAACAACCCUCAUUUCCUUAUCAUGCAAGGAAGGAUUACAAAAGUUUUGAAUAUGAAACCACCAGAGAUAUUGUCUAUGAUAGAAGAAGCAGCAGGAACCAGGAUGUAUGAGAAUAAGAAGGCUGCUGCUCAAAAAACAAUCGAGAAAAAAGAUGCUAAACUCAAAGAAAUUGAAUCGAUUUUGAAAGAAGAGAUAACGCCAACAUUAUCCACCUUGCGUCAAGAGAGGUCAGCAUACUUAGAAUACCAAAAAGUUAUGCGGGAACUUGAGCACUUGACCAAACUUCAUAUUGCGUUUCAAUUUAUGUCAGCUGAAAAAAUCAACCAUGAAUCUACCCAGGAUUUAGCAACUGUCACUGAGGGUGUAGUAAAGUUAAAGAACAGACUUAAAGAAAUUGAUGAUACAUUAUUUGCUCUUGGGAAAGAAAUUCAAACACUUCAAAACCAACGGGAAGAGGAAGCUUCAGGGACGCUCAAGGUACUUGAGGCUAAACUCACUGAAAAACAAAAUGCUGAUACCAGAAUUCAGACUUCGCUUCAACACAAAACAGAAGCACUCAACAAAGAGAAAAAUAGUCUGAAUGAUCUUUUUAAGAGCAAAAAAGAGGAUGAAAUACUUUUAAAAAGCAAGGAUAAAGAGAUUGAUGAAAAUACUGCAAUGUAUACUAAGCUACAAGAAAUAUGUAACACAGCUGCAGCAGCAUUCACAAAUGCACAAAAAAAAUUGCAGGCAGUGUCUUCUGGUCUAGCAAGUGAUGACAAUGGAACUGAUAAAACACUUGAAGCUGAAUGGCGAGAUUGCACAAAUAAGUUAACAAAUGCGGGAGACAACCUAAAAAAUGCACAGAUGAAGUUGGAGGAAGCACAAGAAAGACUAGAUAAAAAAAUGUCAGAAGUGAAGGUUACAGAAAAGGAGUAUGCUAAAGUGAAGAAAACCCUUGAUCAAAUCAAGAAAACAAAGGAUGAACUUGAGUCAGAGAUCAAGCGAUUGGGGUUUGAAGACCAAAUUGAAGAUAAGUUGUUGAGAGAGAAGCAGUCACUGUCAGUGGAUAUUGAUAAAUUGCAAGAUACCAUUGUGAAUUUAACAGAGAGGUUUCCAAAUCUGCAAUUUGAAUAUCGUGAUCCUGAAAAAAACUUCGACCGUCGAAAGGUUCAUGGGCUUGUUGCUCGUCUCAUGAAAAUCAGUGAUGUUAAUGUAGCAACUGCCCUAGAGGUGUCUGCUGGCAAGAAGCUGUAUAAUGUAGUUGUUGAUUCAGAGGUGACAGGAAAGAAAUUACUACAGAAAGGGGAAUUGAAAAAGCGCUUUACCAUCAUUCCCCUGAAUAAGAUCUCUUCACGUACUUUGAGUCCAGAGAUCAUAAAUGGAGCCAAACGAUUGGUUGGAAAAGACAAUGUUCACUUUGCUCUCUCGCUUAUAGGGUAUGAGAAAAAUGUGGAAGCAGCAAUGAAAUUUGUGUUUGGUUCAAACUUUAUUUGUAAUAAGAUGGAACAUGCAAAAUCUGUGACAUUUGAUCCCAAAAUUAAAACCAGAACAGUGACUUUAGCAGGUGAUACAUUCGAUCCAUCAGGAACACUAAAUGGAGGAUCCAGAAACAAAUCUUCAGCAGUGCUAGCCAUGCUUAGUGAGUUACAGAAUGCAGAAGACAAUUUGAAAGAAAAAUUGCAAAAACUUGCUGAGGUUGAUAAUCAACUUGCCAAACUUAAGCACUCAUCAGAGAAAUUUCAUCAGUUGAAGGAACAGUUAGAUAUGAAAUCACAUGAAUUUGACAGCAUGCAGAGUCUAUUGCAGGAGAGCACUCAUACUCAACAGUUAAACAUGAUCAAGAAAUUGCAGAUAUCUGUUGAUGAACAGCAGAAAACUGUUGAACAAUCUAAACUUACACAAGCAAACAUGAUGGAAAAAAUGAAGACAUUGGAAGAGAAGUUGAAGAACCCAAAGGCUGUACAAGAUCAAGAAAUAAAGGCAGCAGAAGAGCAGGUUGACAAGGCCAAAAAACUUGCUGAACAGUCAAACACAAACAUGAAAUCAAAACACCAGGAGAUGCAAAUGCUAAAACUAGAGGCAGAGACCCUUCGACAAGAUUUGUGUAAAUAUGAAAAACAAAUCGAAACAACAAAUGAGACUAUUACUGGCUUUGAAGAACAAUUAAAACAAGUUCAGGAAGCAGCCAGAAAUUCUGCGGAAACAGUCAAACAGUCGCAACAAGAUCUAAAUCGUCAAAGAGAAGUAUUGACAGAAUGUAAUCAAGACAUUAAUGCUAAGAUAGGAGAGCAAACACAGCUUAGUAAGGAAGAAAAUGAUGUUAAGCUGCAGAUAAAGGAGAUGGAGCAUAAAGCAGCCAAGAUCAACAAAGAGAGCAAGGAAGCAGCACAAAGAGUUCAAAAUCUACUUGCUAAAUAUGAAUGGAUUGAAAAUGAGAAGCAGUAUUUUGGACAGCCUAACACAGGAUAUGAUUUUACUCAAAAUGAUCCGAAAGAAGUUGGUGUUCGACUUCACAAGCUUCAGGAAAUUAAAGAAAACCUUUCAAAAAAUGUCAAUCUUAGAGCAAUGAAUACUUUAAGUAAGGCUGAAGAAAAGUAUAAUGACUUGAUGAAAAAACAAAAAAUUGUGGUUAAUGACAAGAAGAAAAUUAUGGCAACAAUCAAGGAGCUAGAUGAAAAGAAAAAUGAAGCUCUUAAAAAAGCCUGGGAGCAAGUUAACAAGGAUUUUGGUUCAAUUUUCUCAACUCUUUUACCUGGCACUUCAGCGAAACUGAUGCCACAAGAAGGACAUAGUAUUCUAGAUGGCUUAGAAGUCAAGGUUGCUUUUGGAGAUGUCUGGAAAGAAAGUUUAUCUGAACUUAGUGGAGGGCAAAGGUCUCUUGUAGCACUUUCGCUUAUUCUAUCACUUCUGCUCUUCAAACCUGCCCCUUUAUACAUUCUGGAUGAGGUAGAUGCAGCACUGGACUUGUCGCAUACACAAAACAUUGGUCAGAUGCUAAGAACCCAUUUCAGGCAUUCACAGUUCAUUGUUGUUUCCCUUAAAGAUGGAAUGUUCAACAAUGCCAAUGUAUUGUUUAAAACCAAAUUCAUUGAUGGAGUCUCAACAGUGACGCGCCAUGCUCAAGUGCUGUCUACCUCAAAGGGCACUUCUAGCAAUAGAGGUGGAUCACAAGCCAAUACAGUUAGACAUGACAGCAUGAGGACGGCAAACAAAAAUGGAUCAAAGAGAGCACGCGUUGACCUGUUGUCAGUGCAUGGACAUUAGCAUUCAUAGUUGGAUAAUUCCUUAUCGAUAUUCGUACAAGUCAAGCUUGAUUGUGAUUGGUCAGUGAAUGUCAUAGAAGUAUUAAAUUUUAAAUUAUAGAAUGCAUAGUUUUCCUGAAUUUCAUAUACAGUACAUAAAUUUGUUUUUCAUAUGCUUUUUGUAUUAUUAUUGGCUUGUUUUUUUUGGAUAGGCAAAUUAUUAAAAAAAAAACCUGAUUCAACAACCUAGUAGUGGCGUCGGAUUCUGAUAGAAGCAUGAGUAUACUGCAGGAACUAGGUCAAAUCUAUUCUUAUUGGACAAGGUGCUUAUCAGCUAUUGGUCUGUCAACAUACUGAAUGAAAUAAUCACAAAAAAAAAAUUGGAAAUAUGUAGAAAGAACUAAUAAUUAAGUAUUAAAAUGCAGAUAUUGUUGACAUCAUCAUCCGUAUACGAGGUGUAUGUAAAAUGAAGGGGUCGUAAAAUGAGGUAGAAGAUGAUCAAAAAGGAAACACAUCAACCAUAAUUAAUUUUUUUAUUAAUCAAUUUAAUUUGUUUAAAUACUGUAUGUCCAUUGCUUUUUUUCUGGUGAAAGCUUAAACCUCUAUAUCACCCCAAAAAGUGAAAUUUGAAUUAUUUUGUUCUUGUAGUACCCAGGGGCAUAUCUAGGGUGUGUGCCACAUUCCCCACCCCAAAAAUGUUGCGCCUCCUCACCCAACGUUCACCAACCCAUUGAAAGCAAAUAAAAGCUUGAUAAUUUUUGACCUCAUAUCAUAUGAAGUGUAUGUAAAAUGGAGGUUCUACUGUAUAUAUAAUUCUUAGGUUGUCUGAUGGAUUUUCGAAUAUAUCCUUUUGUACUGGCAAGAACUGAGAUAUUUUUUUUUUUUUGGUAUAGUUUCUUUAUGAUUUAUAUUUUUUUGUAUGGGUAUACAUAAACAGUUAUGAUUUAUUAUGGAAAUGGAUUUGACAUUUGUAUGUCACUAUAGAAUAAAAGAGUUUUGUCUCAAGUUACAGUGUUCUCACUGAAUGUUCUUGUUAAUCCGCUUAAAUUAAUGAAAUGAUGUUGGUGCAUGUAAUAAUAUUUAAAUGAUAUGGUUUUUGUAUGUUUCGUUCAGGUAUAAAUUAAUGAAUGCAUUGCAUAUACACAUUCAAAACAGUGUUAUAAUCAAUUCAUGGUGGAAGAUGAUCAAAAACUAAAACACAUCAAUCAUAAUGAAUUUUGUCAAUAAUCAAUUUCAUUUUUUUGUCUCUUUUUUUUAUUUUUUAUUAAGAUGAGCACUGUAUGUCCAUUGUUUUUUUCUGGCGAAAGCUUGAGUGAAAUAAACCUCUAUAUUACUCCAAAAA